UGCUGAGUGGCCGAUGAGAACGAGAGAGUACCAGGGGCCGUGUGGGGGGAGAGAGGGGCGGGAUGAGGAGGAGGAGGAGGAGGAGGAGGAAGAGGAGGAGGAGGAGGAGGAGGAGGAGGAGGAGGAGGAGGAGGAGGAGGAGGAGGAGGAGGAGGAGGAGGAGGAGGAGGAGGAAGCGGAGGAGGAGGAGGAGGAGGAGGAGGAGGAGGAGGAGGAAGAGGAGAAGAGGGAGAAGAGGGGGGAGGAAACGGGGACAUCGAACAAGUAUUAAUGACAAUGCAUCACGUGUCAUGUGU